CCGGUCUUAGCAUGUCAUGUUAUCACUGUUAGUGUCAGACUCAGGUCCUGCCCUUUAUCAGCAGUCACCAGACGGCCACGGGUACCACACCCCUAGUCCCCGGCCGGUGGUGUUACUGCUGUAAAUAUGGUUAUUCUGCUGUCUAUUCUCCUGUUGCCUAGCCUUGUGGCGGUUAAUUCUCCCCGACUCAAACUGGACUUCAGCGAUGAAACUGGAAAUCGGACUGUGUUUGAGCGAGCUGAAGAAUUUGCCACCACUCUUCGUGUCGGAAGCACUGUUUACGUUGGUGGAAAUGGAGUACUUUAUCAAAUAAACUUUGAUAAAUCACCCACACCUGUAAUGAUCAAAGUGCCUGGUGAUCCUAAAGAAUGCCCGGGGGACAAAUCGGGUACCUGUGGGAAUUAUAUCAUGAUCUUGCACAAAUUCAAUAAAGCUAACUUCUUUCUGUGUGGAACCAAUUGGAUGAGACCAAAGUGUUGGCUACUUUUUAAAAAUGAAUUAAAGGAAUUUCUCAAUGAAAGGAACAUAACUGUGGGACAAGGUAUCUGUCCUGAAACUCCACAACGAGGUUUUGCUUCACUGGUUGUUGAGGAAAGAAUCUAUUCUUCAGCAUCUAAUGGAGACAAAGAGGUCCUUACUGGUUACAAGAAAGGUGAUAAACUCUCACGAUUAAAGUCUCAUGACGAAUGGAUGAAAGAUCCCAAAUUUGUGGGAAUGUCACCGCUGGGCGACUUGGUUUAUGUGUUCUUCAGAGAAAGGAUUGCGCAGGUAAACCCGGAUGUUGACCCAUGGAUUUCACGGAUUGGCCAAGUGUGUAAGAAUGACCAAGGUGGAUCCAGACAACGACUGCUGAGUAAGUGGGCAACCUUUCUCAAAGCCCGUCUGAUCUGCAGCAAUCCUGCUGACAGUGUCCUUUACAACAGGAUUGAAGAUGCAUUUAUUUACAAAACACCCAAUGAUAGUGAAGAGAGAGUGUAUGGAGUCUUUAGCAGCAAUUGGAACGGAACAGCCGUGUGUGUGUAUUCCAUGAAGGAGAUCAGUGACGUGUUUGGACAAUCUGCCUUUAAGGGUUACGGGGGCAUUAUUCCCUCCAAUCCCAGACCUGGCCAGUGUGUCAAUAACACAAAAGAACUACCAGAUCAAGUACUCACUGUUGUGGAGAACAAUCCAGAGAUGGAGUCUUGGAUAUAUCCUAUUGGAAAAAGACCCCUCAUUAUCAAUCAUCAGAAUCGCUUCAAGAAAAUAGUUGUGGAUUCUGUUCUUGCCCCCAAUGGAGAUGUGUCCCGUAUCCUGUAUGUGGCGAUGGGAGAUGGUAAAGUCCAGAAGGUUCUUGAGACUGGUCACUCAGCCUUCAUCAUAGCAGAACUAACCCUUUUAAAGGAACCUGCGUUAAUCCUAUCAAUGUCCCUUGACUCCGUGAGGAAAUUCCUGUACGUCACAUCUGCCAAAGAGCUGCUUCGACUCCCACUGGUGCAGUGUGAGGAAUACUGUAGAUCGUGUGGAGGAUGUGUUCAGGCCAGGGAUCCUUACUGUGGGUGGAGUAACCAGAAAAAGGAAUGUGUUCAAGUCACACACAAUUCUGAGAAUACCCUUCAAGAUCUCAAAAGAGGUGACAGCUGUCCUCCAACUGAAGCUGAAUCUUCAUGCUCCUUAAGGCAAGCAACUCACUCUGGCUGGCUGGUGCUCACUUUUCCCCUUAAGGAAUGUGUUCCUGUGUACCUGUCCUGCCCGAAGCAUUCCUAUCAUGCUCAUUACUUCUGGAGUUUCAAAGAUAGCUCCAAGGAGCUACCCUGUUCUUCAAAUGACGAUAAUUGUCUGCUGUCCAUAAGUGAACUUUCUAAGAGUGACGUUGGCUCUUACAAAUGUAUUUCAAAUGAAAGAGGAGUGAAACAUCGUCAUGCUGCUUUCAUGGUUAAGAACACUGGUGACUCUUCAAUAUAUCUGUCCAGUGCUGCAUUGUAUUCUAUGUCAAUUGUAGUCAUCUGGCAAUGUUUUUGAGUUGUGUUUCCCCUCGCAUUAGCCUAUAUUUCCCCUGGCAAAAAUGUACUGGGAAAUCAUUUUGCAAUGUUUAAAAGACAUUUGAACAGGUACAUGGGGAGAAAAAUUUCAGAGGGGUUUGGGCCAAGUGCACACAAUCAGGAGUGGUUAAGGAGGGCACUUUGGUUGGCAUGGACAAGUCAGGGCAAAAGGCCCAUUUCCACGCAGCCUGACAAUAAAGAACAAUUUUCCUUCAUGAAAUUUCCUGACAACAAACUGAUGGGUCAACAAUUUCCUUCCUUCCCCCUUAAGACUCCAGGUUCAAUCGGCCUGCCAACACCCAAACAUCUAGGUUUUUAAUGUUCAGCUUGUUUGGGUGUCCUUUAUCUAAUUCCAAGAAGCUUGGUUUUAAUGUGGGAGACUGGAAAGGUUGCAGAAUAGCACAACACUUUAUUAUCAUGAGAAUCAAGAGUUCGUCCUCUAAAUCCCUAAUCACCGAAACACCAACUAAAGAGUGAUCAAAAUGCAGGCCACGCAGCACCUAUGGACAGACAACCAGAGUUAAUGUUUCACACCAAUAACUUGUCAGUUUAAGAAAUGCCAUCAGGCAGCAGUCACCACUUGGUAUUUUAUCAGUGGUGCACUGUUGUGGAAGGCUCUGGUGCAUGUCCUAAGUGCAUUGUCUGUCAAGGCAGCAACAGCUCAUGCCUUUCGUUUCAGUUACAGUGUGCAGUGAGCCCCGGUCAGAUCUGUGCUGUUUAUAUACCUGCUUCACAGGAAUAUUAAACAAAAAUGAAGACUCAGUACAUUCUGGAUAUUUGUAUUUCUAGUGCAGUUUUAUAACUCAGGGACUGUGUAUUUACUGCACUUUAUUAGAAAUUGUAAUUGUUAAGUUUUUUCCAGGAUAAAAUUUUUUUCUAAUUGUCACUACUGAUAUGAAAAUUUGUGAUUUUCGUGUUUUCAUCUUUGUGUUGUACUCCCUGCUCUCUGAACUGAGGUCUGUUCUACUUGCCCAGGGCUGCAUUACUGUGUUGUUCAGUAGAUGUUUGUGGGAGCUGAUAGGAGAAGCUUGGCUUGCAACAAUGAAAAGCCUGAAACAGGAGAUAGCAACACACCUCUUGUUUACUAUGACCCUGCUAUAGUAACUUGGAAGCCAGGCAAGAUCUUGUGCGGUUGGGGUGAAGACGUGUUGUAUUGUUGAGAGAAUUUCACCCAUGGGUGUAUUCUAACCCCUGCUGUCCAGACUGUGUGGGGGUGAAGCCUAAUCUAUGAAGUCUACAGUGGUCUUACUGUGAUUGGGGAUGUUGUGUCCUGACCAACAGCUGGCAAUAGCUUUAUUUUAACUCAAAAAAGCCUAUGUACAACACGGAUUCAUCUGAAUUGUAAGGGAUGCAUGUUAUUUGCACGUUGCAAAGUUAUCCAAUAAAGUCAAUUUGUUCCCACUGUGAAAUAAGCUUCAGCUGUUUACACUUCAGACACAAUGGGUACCUUGCAGAAGUCACAGCUUCCCGUGAUCACCAGCAUGGGUGUCAGUCAAAUAGUGAGACCUAUCAUUCUGAAUGUUACUUUCACUCUUGUCUGAUUGCAAUAUUUUCACUUCUAUUCUCACUAACUUCAGUUUUAGCAGGGUCCAUUAAUGCCACAAUUGGUCAAAGUUUAAAAUAAUAUCCAUUGCAGUGACUCAUCUCACCACUGAAAUUUGGUUCUUGGUUCCAUAUUUAGAUCAACAUUGUGAUAUCUAGAGUUGGAUGGUCCUGGGUCCUGACUGGAAAUCAGUUGAGUAGAUUAGUGACACUCAGAGACACCAUUGACAGCUUUCAUCAUGGCUGAUGACUGAGUGUAAUCUGAAUGGUCGGUAAUUUGUUGGAUUGGCUUCAUACUGUUUCAGUGAAUAGGAUAUGCCUGGUCAACUUUCCAAUUUGUUGGGUCAAUGCCAGAACCGUUUAGACAGAGAUCAACCAAGUUCACCAGCACAGUUCUUUAGCACCAGAGUCACAGAUUUAUCUAACCCCACAGCCUUUGUGAGAUCAUAACCACCCAGUCCUGUACUCUGGGUUAUGACCUCACAUGGAAUGAAGGGAAUUGGCUGGAGACUUGCCAACGAGGAUCUCAACCGGAUGCAAAAUUUUUCAACUAUUCAUCAUUUCUGGCUGAACAUGGUUUGCAAAUGUUUAUUUUGUCAGAUACUGAACUCAACCAACAAUGGUGGGGAUGUUCUUGUAGCUUCCUGUUUCUUAUUGUUUCUGAGCUGAUGUCCAGAUGAUCAGAGCUCCAUAAGAUGCUUCAGGAAGCAAGAGCUCAUCACAAGUGCCGGCUGAGCGAGUUGAUGUCGCAACUAGUUCAGUGGUGCUUCACCUAAUUGUAGUUGUAUUAAUCCUGAGAAACACACAAAAUGCUAUUGUUCCCAAAGGAACACCAAGAACCGCAACCAUUGAUGUUGUAUAUCAACAGUUUGCACUUGAAUUUUGUUUAGAAAAGAUGAACUUCAUAGGCAAUAUCUGCGUAACAUUGUAAAUAUAUUGUUUGAUUGAGCAUUCUUUGUUGUUUACAUAAUGCACUGUGAGUUGUAUAGAAAAGUAUGUAAAUGGCACAUGUCAUUAUGCCAGCAUGUCUACGUGCACACUUUGCUUAAAGUAAAAACAAACGUA